GUUGGGUAUCGUAACCUAAUGAGCUCGUGUAAUGUUAACAUAUUUUAAUACUUCCUUCGCAAGCGAUCUGUUUUAUCAUCUACUGCACUUUGAAGAACAAGACUCGCUUCUUCUAUGGGACUCGAUGUAAAAAUCAGUUAGCAAAUAUUUUUACUUGAAAGUCACUAGAACGUGAACCUAAGUUGUAUCGUUAAUUAACGUGCUUUCUGUCGAGCUAGGUAACUUGGUAAGUUGAAAACUAACUUUACUAGUGAAGUUUAGUUUUCGCGACAAGUCAAACAAAAGAAGUGUUCACAUAAAGUUUUGUAGUUCACAUGAAGUAAAUCACAAUCCAGAACUUUGGAUACGUCGAUUAGAACAGCUUUGACAAUGAAUGGCGUUAAACAAGAGACGCGAAGCGUGUCACCUAAUUGCCCCAAACCGAACGAAUCCGAGGAACCAGAAGGUACCGCAAUGGAAGAGACCGUGCCUGAAGCCUCUGUGAAGGCGGAGGGUACAGAAGUUGUUGUCACAAAGGAGAUGGAAGAGGAGCAGAAGCUGGCGAUGGAUGAGGGCGAGAGGAAAGAGAAGGCUAUGAUGGAGCAGGCAAGACAGACUUGGGAGAGAGAGACAAAGGAGAUGCGUUUUAAGAGGUUGCAGCAUCUUCUUGAGAAAAGCAACAUCUAUGCUAAAUUCUUGCUUACCAAGAUGGAGCAGCAGCAACAAGAGGAGAAUGUCCGUAAGGAAAAGCUGGAGAAGAAGGUCCAGUCUCAGCCAUCCAAAGAGCAGGGCAAAGAUAAAAAGCCAGACAAAGUUGAGCGAAAGAAGCGUGAAAGGGAGGAAGACUACAAAAUAGCUGAUGUGAUGUCUAAAGAGGAAAUUAUGUCCAAAGCCAAAAAGGCAAAGGUUGAAGAAGAGGAAGUGACUACCACAGGGCGUAAGCUGGAGGCAGAGGACAUUGAGAAGCUGAGCGACUCGAACGCCGUCAUCAAGAACCGCCUGUCUGAGGCGGUGCGCGACAAUGCCAAACACUUCCUGGACCCCGAGAGGCAGAUUAACGGCCAACCCGUACCGGCCCAGCAGCCUAGGCUCUUCACUGGUGGAAUCAUGAGGUCUUACCAGGUGGAGGGCAUUGAGUGGCUCAGGAUGCUGUGGGAGAAUGGCAUUAACGGGAUCCUGGCGGAUGAGAUGGGCCUGGGGAAAACCAUCCAGUGCAUUGGGCACGUGGCCAUGAUGCUGGACCGGAAGGUUAAUGGGCCAUUCCUGGUGGUGGUCCCUCUCUCCACCGUCCCCAACUGGAUCUCCGAGUUCAAGAGGUUCACUCCGGAUGUGAGUGUGAUGCUGUACUACGGGCUUCAGAACGAACGUGAUGAGCUCAUCAAGCAGAUCCGCAAACCCCAGGGCCCACUGAAGAUGUUUCCUGUUGUCAUCACCUCAUUCGAGAUCGCCAUGAUCGAUAGAAAGAAGUUACAGCGGUUCCAUUGGAAGUUCCUGAUCGUGGAUGAGGGCCACCGCAUUAAGAACCUGAACUGCCGCCUGGUGCGGGAGCUGAAGCUACUGAACACCGACAACAAGCUGCUGCUGACGGGAACGCCGCUGCAGAACAACCUGGCCGAGCUCUGGUCCCUCCUCAACUUCCUGCUGCCCGACGUCUUUGACGACCUUAAGAGCUUUGAGUCCUGGUUUGACAUUGACAGCAUCAGCGGAGAUGCAGAGAACAUUGUGGUCAAGGAGCGAGAGGAGAACAUCCUUCACAUGCUUCAUCAGAUCCUGACGCCGUUCCUGCUGAGGCGUCUGAAGGCGGAUGUCACCCUGGAGGUCCCGCCCAAGAGGGAAAUUUAUGUGUAUGCCCCCCUCACCCUCAAACAAGAGACCCUCUACUCUGCCAUCAUUAACAGGACCAUUUCCAAGAUUCUGGGACAGGACAAGGAAGAGGAUGCCCCAGCAGUGCUGAGCUCAGCGGGGCGGCCCAAGCGUAGGACCAGGAAGGACGUGGACUACACUGAGCGCCCCGGCGACACGCCCUAUGACCUGGAGAAAUACCUGGACAAGAUGAAGAAAGAGCAGAGGAGUGCGCCAAUAGUGGAUUUGAAGCUGAAGAACCCUCUGGACGUCCAGAUCAACCUGAAGCUGCAGAACAUCCUCAUGCUGCUGAAGAGAUGCUGCAACCACCCCUACCUCCUCGAGUACCCCCUGGACCCCGCCAGCGGAGAGUUCAAGAUCGAUGAACAGCUGGUCGAGACAUCUGGGAAAUUUCUGAUUUUGGACCGAAUGCUUCCGGAACUGAAGAAGCGAGGGCAUAAGGUGUUGAUCUUCAGCCAGAUGACGUCCAUCUUGGACAUCCUGAUGGACUACUGCUACCUGCGGGGCUUUGACUUCAGCAGGCUGGACGGCAGCAUGUCCUACUCUGACAGAGACGAGAAUAUGAAGAAGUUCGCUAAUGAUCCCGAGGUGUUCCUGUUCCUUCUGAGUACACGAGCAGGAGGCCUGGGCAUCAACCUGACCGCUGCUGAUACAGUCAUCAUCUUCGACAGUGACUGGAAUCCUCAGGCAGACCUGCAGGCCCAGGACCGCUGCCACCGGAUUGGCCAGACCAAGCCUGUGCUGGUGUUCCGCCUGGUCACAGCAAACACCAUCGAUCAGAAGAUUGUGGAGCGGGCCGCCGCCAAGAGGAAGCUGGAGAAGAUGGUCAUUCAUAAAAACAAGUUCAAAGGGGGAACGGAUGAACUGAAGCAGACUAAGAGUACUGUGGAUGAGUCGGAGCUCAUGGAACUGCUCAAGUCCAGAGAUUAUGAGAAGUCAGUAAAAAGCACUAAAGGAAAGGUGAUAAGCGAUAAAGACCUGGAGUUUCUGCUGGAUCGCAGCGAUCUACUCGAUCAAGCAAAGAAAAAUAAGCGCAAGCAGGAGAAGGACGGAGUUUUCCGGGUGGUGGAGACCAAACAGGAAGCUGACAUUGCACUAAGCUGAGGGCCCGGCCCGGCAACUGGCCCCAAAGCACUGCUGACUGUCCUGCAUGCGGCCCGGUUCUGAGUGACGUCAGAUUGGAUUUGGUUCUGGCCGAGAGAUGGCUCAGCCUAAGCUGUGUAAAAAGUAGACAGGUCUACAUAUCAGUGGCCUUAGGAUAACUAUCUGCACUUUCCUCUUUUAUGUGUUUUAUACUACUAGAAAGCUUUUUUUUGUUUUGUUUUCUUACGAUGACCAUGACUGACUGUUUAAAUAAAUAAGUGUACCAAAA